AUGGCGUCCCACACUCAGUUGCAGUCCACGUCGUCGCAUCCACGCGAUGGCUCCAGCUCCAGCUCCAGACCAUACCUGCAUCCGCACUCGUACGCCAGCAAGGAGUCAACGUCAACGUCGGAGAAGGGUCGUCGUUACCUCUCCCCAUUGAAGACACGCAACCUAGAAAGAUACUAUGCGCGUCAAAACGUGACAAGUCGCAGACCACUCGCCAUGGCCCAGCUCAACACAGAGCUCGACCUACUAUGGCAGGAUCUCGAUUGGGCCAUUGGCCAGAUGCUGAUUAUGGGCUGGGAUGGUACAGAAGUGACUCCCCAGAUCCGUUCACUUAUUGAGAAUCACCAUCUUGGAACCAUCAUUUUGACAGCCAAGAACCUCAAAUCGGCCCAAGAGACGGCCAAACUGGUCAAGGAGCUUCAGACUAUUGCUCAUAACGCCGGCCAUCCAAAGCCUCUGCUAAUUGCCUUGGAUCAAGAGAAUGGCGGCGUCAAUAGCCUAUUUGAUGAAGACUAUGUAUGUCAGUUCCCGAGUGCCAUGGGCGUAGCCGCUACGGGGCGAGUUGAACUGGCCUAUGAAGUGUCAAAAGCAACUGCUGCUGAGGUUGGAGCUUGUGGCAUAAACCUUAUGCUUGGCCCUGUUCUGGACGUUCUCUCAAACGCCAGGUACCAGCCAGUUGGAGUCCGUGCUACAGGAGACGAUCCCCAAGAGGUGUCUCAAUAUGGCAUCGCCGCUAUCAAUGGUAUUCGUGAUGCUGGCCUUGCCUGUUGUGGGAAACACUUUCCGUCAUACGGAAAUCUGGACUUCCUAGGUUCUAGCCUCGAAGUCCCAAUCAUUACACAAACACUCGAGGAGCUGAGCCUGAGUGCCCUGGUACCAUUUCGCAAUGCCAUCGCCACAGGAAAGCUUGACGCCAUGUUCAUUGGAGGAUGCGGCAUCUCGAAUCCUUCAAUGAAUGUGUCUCAUGCAUGCCUAUCAAACCAGGUCGUGGAUGACCUUCUCCGAGAAGAGCUUGGAUUUGAUGGAGUCGCCAUUUCAGAGUGUCUGGAGAUGGAGUCACUCACUCACGAACUUGGCGUGCAGAAUGGAGUUGUCAUGGCCGUUGAGGCUGGAUGCGACCUUGUCCUCCUGUGCCGAGCCUACGACGUUCAGCUAGAAGCCAUUAAAGGGCUCAAGCUAGGAGUCGAAAACGGAAUAUUCUCAAAGGACAGAAUUUUCACCUCACUUAAUCGUGUACUCCGGCUGAAGGAUACCUGCACAUCGUGGCAAACUGCUCUAAAUCCUCCUGGCAUAUCACUCCUCUCUAAACUUCACCCCUCACACAUGGCUCUAUCCAGAAAGGCUUACGACGACUCGAUUACGGUCAUUCGAGACAAAGAAAAACUCUUGCCACUGCCACAGUCUAUGCAUCAAGACGAAGAGUUACUUCUUCUCACACCGCUCGUGAAGCCCUUGCCAGCCUCGAGUUUGACCAAGAGCAUUCUUGAGGCAAAGGAUGCGCAAAUGCUUGCGCCAACAGCCCAUGACAAAUGGCUCCAUAGGGAAAAGGGGGCCAUCAUGAGUGGAGAGGGCGUCUUCCGAGAAUUUGGACGUUCUCUGGCUCGAGCUCGUCACGGCAAACUCCUUCAUACCAGCUACACUGCCAAUGGAGUCAGGCCAGUUCAUGAGAACCUUAUCAACCGGGCCUCUUGCAUUAUCAUUGUGACUGCAGAUGCCAACAGGAACCUGUAUCAAGCCGGUUUCACCAAGCACGUUGAGAUGAUGUGUUCUAUGCUACGGACGCGUGGUCAGAAAAAGUCCGUCAUAGUCGUCGCAGUAAGCUCGCCGUACGAUUUUGCUAUGGACAAAUCUAUCGGCACCUACAUCUGCACCUUCGACUUUACCGAAAAUGCCAUGCAUGCGUUAGUUCGCGCCCUUUGUGGAAUGUUCGUUCCGAAAGGAACUCUCCCUGGGACACUACGAAAGAGCAAAAAGGUCCUCAAAUCUCGUCAGCAUUGGAUCGUCGAAGAAUUCGACCGUGAUCGUGAUGGUCAGGGACUCGAGGAGCUGACGAAGGCUGUUGCUCGAGCAAACGCUGUUGACUUGGGACACUUGGAAAACAUACCAGCAACUUGCUUCGAGUUGUUCAGCCAGGAUAUCGAGGAAGCGCAUUUUGUCGUCAGAAACAGCAGCACGCACGCGCUGUAUGGCUUUGCUGCGACAUACUUCGUUGAAGGUAUCGGUAUUCUUGGAGCCAUCUUUGUAGACCCAUCAAAGCGGAAUGUCUCGGUAGGAAGGUCCCUUCACCGACGAGCGUUGCGAUGCCUCAUCAGCAAACGGGGUAUCAAGAGAGUCCAGCUCGGGACUUCCUUCCCGGGCGUCUUUCUGGGUAUUCCGAUUGACGAGGGUGGAGUAAAGAACUGGUUCUCCAACAAUGGAUGGGACAUUCAGUUCCCUAAACGGCUGACCAACCUGAUCAUCAACGACUUGAGCAGCUGGAGCAUCCCCGAAGGCCUUCUACAGAGCAUUCAGAGGGCCAACUUGAGCUUUGACCUCAUUCACGGUUUAGAUAACGCAGAGACCGUACUUGACCACGUUGAGGCUUACGCUAACCCCGAAGUAAUGGGCUUGUAUAAAUGUGCCCUGCAGGAGACAAAGGCGUGUGGUAUUGUCAGGGCCAAGGGCCCGGGUGAUACAUUGCUGGGGACGAUCAUAAUCUGCAGGCCGGGCAGCCCUCUUUCAACGUUUAUUCCGCCUCUUCUACCAAACAGGGACGAAGAGAUAGGGGGCGUCCUGGCACCAGUGGUCAACUCCGGACCACAGGAUACAUUGGUGCUUCAGGGAUUAGUAUUAAUGGGCGUCCGACAAAACAAGGCACAUAAGUCAUCCAAGACGAUGCUCAGUUGGGCACAAGACGACUCUUACGAACAUGUCAUGGCGAUGGGGUUUGAAAUUCUACAAUCAUACGAGGAGGUUACGAACACACCAGACAAUUGGACUGAUUUGAACUAG